CUGAGCAAGUGAAACUAGCCCACAUUUUUUCUUGCAUAUUAUUUAGUGUUCAAACAGCAAAAGGUGUUUUGUACUGUAUACUUUAUACACUGUAUAAGUUCACUAAUAAUUUACUGCAUACUAUUCACGGUCACAUAGUGUGGCUUUUUCCUGAACAUUUACUUGAAAUAAAACACUGACUGGUUCCCUGACGAAGAAGUCAAAACAGUGAUACUCUUUGGCGUUUAUCUGUCACUACAGCACGAGACAGACAGUGAGAGAAUAAUUUUUCUGCAUGGUUUACUUUGCCGAGAGGCUGAGACUGUCUCCCUCGGGAUCCCGUCAGAUGCGGGGACUGUGUGAGAAGACAUGCCUAUGUGCAUGCGUGAGCGAGAGAGAGAGCUAGAGCGAGGGAAAGAGCAUGUGUGUGCACACAUAAAGGAAAGGGGCAGAGUGUGAGUGCGAGCGCAGAUGAUGCUGCUUGUGGAAGGACAUGGUGCUGCUUUUGGCUUUCCUUCCUGUGCUACAAGAUUUUCUCCACUAAGCUUUGACCUCUGUGUUCUGUCAGUCUGGUAUCUCACCUUCUCGGAGAGACUCAGAACGACAAAGGGAAGGGAGGAGGGUGGAACAGGCAGAGGAUAUCAUGUGUGUGCUAUAACUAAGGACAAGAAGCAGACAGAGUUGGAGAAGACAGGAGAGAAGACACAAGGCAGAAGCUGCAGACAUCAUCUCUUUACUGGCCAGAACGGACAACAAAGACAAGAGGGGUAUAGCCUCUGAAGCUGGCGAUCUGCCUCGUUAUUUCACCGAUUCCAUGUGCCACUGACAUUGCAUCGAAGGCAAAUAGGAUGUCUGUCUCUGGAAAAAAGGAGUUUGACGUGAAGCAGAUCCUCAGGCUCCGUUGGCGCUGGUUCAGCCACAGCACUCAGACCUCAGCUGGGAACGGGGGCUAUAUUCAGCAGGAGGGUUUUGAUCACCGAGGAACACCGGUCCGGCUGAAGAGUCACUCUCGGGACAGAGGAGGACUCCGUAAGAGCAACAGCCCAGUGCACAGCAUUCUGGCUCCGAACCCUGGACCCACAUCUGUUUAUGCCAGGCCGGGCAAUCAAUCAUGGCAUCAGCAAAACAUCAUCCAGCAGCUCCAAGCUAGCGAGGAGCUUCCCAAGAGCAACUCACCUUGCAAAGAGGAGGCGAAGAGCGGCCAUGAGGAUGUAAAGAGCAAUUCAGAGGAUCCCUCUGAGGAGGAAGCCACAGACAGGUUGGCUUUGAGCAGUUUCUCUAGGAUGAGCUCCAACUGCUCAGAUGAGUUUUUCCAGGCCACAAAUCAUGCGGAACAGACCUUUCGAAAGAUGGAAACCUAUCUUCAGCACAAGCAGCUGUGUGAUGUACUUUUGAUAGCUGGAGAUCACAAGAUCCCUGCACACAGACUUGUCCUGAGUGCAGUUUCAGACUACUUUGCUGCCAUGUUCACCAAUGAUGUGAGGGAGGCCAAACAAGAGGAAAUUAAAAUGGAGGGUGUUGAUCCUGAGGCGCUGAGAGCACUGGUUCAUUUUGCAUAUACUGGAGUCCUGGAGCUAAAAGAGGAGACGAUUGAAAGUCUUUUAGCUGCCGCUUGUCUCCUCCAGCUCUCACAAGUUAUUCAGGUCUGCUGCAACUUUCUGAUGAAACAACUGCACCCGUCCAACUGCCUGGGGAUUCGUUCGUUUGCUGAUGCUCAGGGAUGCACGGAUCUUUUAAAAGUCGCUCACAACUACACUAUGGAACAUUUUCUAGAGGUCAUUCAGAAUCAGGAGUUCCUCUUGCUGCCCACAAUGGAAAUUGUCAAGCUUUUGGCAAGUGAUGACAUCAAUGUUCCAGAUGAAGAAACUAUUUUCCAAGCCCUGAUGAUGUGGGUUCGCCAUGAUGUGCAGCAUCGACAGCAGGAUCUGGGAGUGUUGUUGGCAUAUAUCCGACUUCCUCUUUUACCACCCCAGCUUCUUGCGGAUCUGGAAAACAAUAAGAUGUUUUCUGAAGACCUGGAAUGUCAGAAGCUCUUGAUGGAAGCCAUGAAAUACCAUCUUCUGCCAGAGCGCCGUCCCAUGUUACAGAGCCCAAGAACCAAACCACGAAAAUCCACUGUUGGAUCACUGUAUGCUGUUGGAGGAAUGGACGCCUCUAAAGGGUCUACAACAAUAGAGAAAUAUGACCUUCGCACAAACAGAUGGAUCCAAGUUGGCGUCAUGAAUGGACGAAGACUUCAGUUUGGGGUAGCAGUGAUCGAUAAUAAACUCUAUGUGGUAGGAGGACGAGAUGGGCUCAAGACCUCAAACAUGGUGGAGUGCUACAACCCAAUAACUAAAGUGUGGUCCACCAUGCCUCCAAUGUCAACCCACAGACACGGAUUAGGAAUUGCUGUGCUCGAGGGCCCCAUGUAUGCAGUGGGAGGUCAUGACGGAUGGAGCUAUUUGAACACAGUAGAAAGGUGGGACCCGCAGGCCAGGCAGUGGAAUUAUGUGGCCAGUAUGUCGACCCCGCGCAGCACUGUCGGAGUCACCGCUCUCAAUGGAAAGUAAGGAAUUCAUUUCUGCACCAUGAUUGUAAAAAUCACUUUUCCUUACAGAAUAUCUAAAAAAUCGAGCAUAAUUAAAUUCACUCUGGGUCUAAAAUAAAUGCCUGCCAAGCGUAAAAUGUGAGUUUAAAUUGGUUUUGGCAGGUAUAUCAAAUGAUGUUAAUCGCCAGUUCAAUGGUAACUUUUUAAAUUAAG